AUGAUUAGUAAAGAUUUAUUAAACACAGACAGUAUUGAUGAAAGGGACCUAAUAACAGAAGAAGGUCCAAAUGAUAAGGAUGAACAUAGUUGGCAUAGAGUCAAACAACAGCUGGAGCAAGAAUUGGUUUCAGCGAACACAUGUAAAAUUUUUUUUAAACAUUUUUUAAAAAUGAAUAAUUGA